AUGCCCACUCGUACAAACAACACCGCGCACGGACAGGACUCGCCAACACUGACAGGAUCCGCGACGCUCGCCGCCAACGACGAUCACGACACGAUGAACAAAACGACUAACGACAGAGCCGGCAAGCCGCCCAGCAAGCUCAACGAAAACAAUAACGACGCAAAGGCAGACAGCACAAAGAAAAAGAAGAAGCAGGGAUUCUGGUCCCGUCUCCUCGGAUGUUUCAAUCCCUCCAAUGCAUUUGACGACGACAAGCUCGACAAGGCAUCGAACGAUGUCGGAAAGCAGGCCAGCAAGGAUGCGGCGCACCUCCAAGGCAAGAGAAAACCUAGCAAAGAUGCAGAAGCAGUUUCAAACAUUCCGACAGAAGAAACCGCCGUCUCGGCCUCGUCAACGGCCCCUCCAGCCUCUUCAACUGUCGGUGUGGGGCCUCGAAGACCAGCCGUCCAUGGCACGACAAGCUCAACCAGGAACAGCAGUGUCCUCAAUAGAAACAGCCAGGUCAUCCAUCCUCAACUCCUCAUUCCAAACGGUCCCGUGGUCAUUACGGCCCCGAGCACCCCGGCCUAUAAUACAUUCGACCUCGAUGCAGAUCCCGAUGUAGUGAUUCAGCCCACCCCAAAGGGUGCAACGGCCUUGCUGCCCGUCGAUGAAACAGAAGGUGUCACCAGUGGUGCCGUCCAACCUCCUGGCGGUGUCGCCCACCCGGAAAAGGAUUCCCCUAUCGGGCUACUUGGUGUCAGUGGUACGACGGAGAAAGAAGAGUCUGAGCGUGGAACGGUCACCGACGAUGACUAUCAUGAUGCCAAGGAAGAAGACGACAUUGACGCAGAAGAAAUGCGCCUUAUUAUGAACGCCGGAAGCGGUAUCCCCAUUGUUGACGGAAAACCCAAGCCACUUCUUCCUCCUAUUGCGGAGCGACACAAGGGACGCAAAUGCUUGGUUUUGGAUAUGGACGAAACGCUCCUCCACUCAAGCUUCAAGUUGAUGCCUCAGCACGACUUUACUGUGCCUGUCGAAAUCGAGUGGCAGUGGCACAAUGCCUAUGUUCUCAAGCGACCCGGCGUCGAAGAGUUCCUUCGCCGCAUGGGUGAAAUCUACGAGGUUGUCGUCUACACUGCCAGUGUUAGCAAGUAUGCAGACCCGGUCUUGGACAAGGUCGACGUCCACAAAGCAGUCACGCAUCGAUUGUUCAGAGAGAGCUGCUAUAACCAUCGCGGCAACUAUGUCAAGGAUUUGUCCAUGCUUGGCCGUCCUCUUGAGACGUGUAUCAUCCUGGACAACUCGCCUGCGUCCUACUUGUUCAAUCCGAACAAUGCGGUCCCUGUCACGACCUGGUUCAACGACCCACUUGACACCGAGCUUACAGACCUGAUUGAUUUCCUCACUGACCUUGCCACCGUUGACGAUGUUCGUCCCUUGCUUGCUCGCGACUGUUAA